AUGUCUUGCCUCGCUAGAGCUGCCGGCCGGUCCGGAGGGAGCGGAUCCGUCCGAGUGUCCGCCGGAGGAAGCAGUUUCAGCAGCGGAAGCCGUUGCGGCAUCGGGGGAGGCUCGGCCUACGGGGCCGGAGGAGCCGGCAGCUGCAGGAUGGGUGGGGGAGCAGGGGGCGGAUUCGGAGGAGGCUUCGGAGGUGGAUGCGGGAGCUCGGUAGUAGGAGGUUACGGAGGUGGCUUUGGGUCCGGCUUUGGUGGAGGUGCCGGCGGAGGACACGGCGCUGGGGCUAGUGGAGGAUUUUAUACGUACGGCGGUGGGGUCGGUGGCGGCUUUGGUGACAGUCCUGGGGAUGGCGGCCUCUUCUCUGGAGGCGAAAAGCAAACCAUGCAGAACCUCAACGACCGCCUGGCGAGCUACCUGGACAAGGUGCGAGCUCUGGAGGAGGCCAAUACCGAUCUGGAGGCCAAAAUCAAGCAGUGGUACGAGAAAUUCGGCCCUGGAUCCAAGGAUCCUGGAUCUGGCCGGGACUACAGCAAGUAUUACCCCAUCAUCGACGAUCUGCGGACCAAGAUCAUCGCCGCCACUACUGACAAUGCCAGCAUCAUCUCCCCGAUUGACAACGCCAGGCUGGCUGCUGAGGACUUCAAGUUGAAGUAUGAGAAUGAGAUGUAUCUUCGCCACUCGGUCGAGGCUGAUAACAAUGGCCUGCAUAAGGUUCUUGAAGAUAUGAAUAUGAGCACAUCUGACCUGAAGAUGCAGUUUGAAAGCCUGACCGAAGAGCUGGACUUCCUCAAGAAGAACCACGAAGAGGAAAUGAAGGGCAUGCAGGGAACCACGGCUGGGGACGUGACCGUGGAGAUGAACGCCGCUCCGGGAACCGACCUGACCAAGCUGCUCAACGACAUGCGUGCCCAGUACGAAGCUCUCGCUGAGCAGAAUCGCAAAGAAGCCGAAGACCAGUUCAAUAAGCAGAGCACUUCACUGCAGGCCCAGAUCUCCACGGAUGCCGGGGCGACCAGCUCGGCCAAGAGCGAGAUAACGGAGCUGAAACGCACUCUCCAAGACCUGCAGCUCGAGCUCCAGUCCCUCAUGUCCAUGCAAUGCUCCCUGGAGAGCACCUUGGCAGCCACAGAAUCCGGCUACGUCACGAAGCUCUCCCAGAUUCAGCAGCAGAUCAGCAGUCUGGAGGAGCAGAUCUGCCAGAUCCGGGGUGAGACCGAAUGCCAGAACGCUGAGUACGAACAGCUCCUGGACAUCAAGACCCGCCUGGAGAAGGAGAUCGAGACCUACCGCCGCCUUCUCGACGGAGAGGCAGGGGGUGCCAGCUCUGCAGGAACAGCUUCUAGGAGCACAGGAUCCAGGGCUUCGGCAUCUUUCGACGGAGCAAGCGCCGCCACCGCUCCCCGAGAUCCCAACAAAACCAGAGUGACCACGACCAUAGUGGAAGAUCUUGUGGACGGUAAAGUCGUCUCAUCCCAAAUCAGCAACGUCUCCGAAGUGCGUGUGAAAUAA